GUGUGGUUCAGUUGGAAGAGGCAGCCUCAGGAGAAGGAGCUCUUCUUGUGGCAGUGAGUUCCGCAGGAUUGCGUUCCCUUGGACAAAUGGGUCCCUUAAUUUAGAAAGACUCAGAGUUGUGGUGUCUCCCUAACAAGCCUAUGCCACACAGUCACCAGGAUGGCCACCAGAGUGAGACAGGCCAGUAAGAAAUGCACCGUAAUCGGCGGCUCAGGGUUCUUGGGUCAGCACUUGGUGGAGCACCUGCUGGAGAGAGGUUACGCCGUCAACGUAUUCGAUAUCCGCAAGGGCUUUGAAAACAACAAGGUCCAGUUUUUCCUGGGCGAUCUCUGUUGCAAAGAGGAUCUGCUUCCAUCUUUGCAAGGGGUGAUGUUGGUAUUUCACUGUGCUUCCCCAGCACCUUCCAGCAACAACAGAGACCUGUUCUACAAAGUCAACUAUCUGGGAACAAAAGCAGUAAUUGAGGCUUGUAAAGAAGCCGGGGUCCAGAAACUAGUGUUGACCAGCAGCGCCAGUGUUGUCUUCGAAGGCACAGACAUCAAGAAUGGUACUGAAGAUCUCCCGUAUGCAAAGAAACCCAUCGACUACUAUACAGAAACAAAGAUUUUGCAAGAGAAGGAGGUGCUGAGUGCCAAUGACCCAGAGAGGAACUUCUUCACCGUCGCUAUUCGUCCCCAUGGCAUAUUUGGGCCACGGGAUCCCCAGAUGGUGCCUAUCCUUGUUCAGGCAGCCAAGAGUGGCAAGAUGAAGUUCAUCAUCGGUGAUGGGAAGAACUUGGUGGAUUUUACCUUUGUUGAAAAUGUGGUCCAUGGGCACAUCCUGGCUGCAGAGCAACUUCAGACAGAUUCUCCCCUGUGUGGGAAGGCAUUUCACAUUACAAAUGAUGAGCCAAUCCCCUUUUGGGAAUUCAUGUCUUGCAUUCUGACCGGCCUGGGCUACGAUGCUCCCAAAUACCACAUUCCCUACUGGCUAGCCUAUUACUUGGCUUUCCUCUUGUCUCUGGUUCUGUUGCUGCUGAGCCCCUUCAUCACAGUCAAGCCCACCUUCACCCCCAUGCGGGUGGCACUUGCUGGGACAUACCACUACUACAGCUGCCAGCAAGCUAAAAAGCACAUGGGCUACAAGCCGCUAGUUAGCCUGCAUGAAGCUGUGGCAAAGACAAUUGAGAGCUACCCUCACCUCCGAUGUUCUGUAUAGCUAUUGAAGACUCAAGAAAACCACAAGAAGCUCUGCCACAGAUUUGAUUUUGGCUAUUUGGUCUCUCACCCUUCCCUCUGGCCUCCAUGACCAGAGUCUGAAACAACUCUGCCAUAGCAGCCACUGCUGGUUGAUGUACUGUGACCAGAAGCCUUGACAUGGUGUUUGUCUUAGAUGACCUGAAUCUUAUGCAGUUCCUUUAAAUCCUGCAGCAGAGUCAGUUGCAGCAUUCCAGCCCUGGUUGGCUCUUUACCAGUCACCAUUCAAAGGGAGGUAAAAAUGUGACUUACCGAUGUUUCUUCGUGAUCUAGCCUGAUUGUUUCCUACAACUUCUGAAUCUAAAUACCAGAUGGAAGUAGCAUUGUGUUUUGAUCUAAGAUCCUACAAGGAAGUAAUGGACCAUUUCGAUGGGAGCUGGAACAGACUGAUUUACUUUAACUGUAGUCAAGCAUUUUUAAAUUACGCAUUUCCACAGCCUUUCUAAAGAAAUCCAUAGUUCAUUUGUUACCAAAGUGGAAAGACUAGUUCAACAAUACUAAAACUACAACUCUGAAUCCUUUUCUGGAAGUAUCUCCUUGUAAGCUAGUAUCUACUUUCAGGAAACCCUCAAAUCUGGCAUGAACAUCAGUUAUCAACUUGCCCAAAUACAGACAGAUGUUUUCUUUCUCAACAAAUGCAAGCAACAGGAUGUUAUUCUUAAAGGCCUGUGUCUGUUGAAUUGACAUUCUCACAUACCAAUGGCAUAUAUGUGUCUCUGGUUUCCAUUCCACUAAAUGCAUCUGAGGAAGUUGACUGAAGUCUACAAAAGCUCAUGCUGCCAACUUCUUUCUUUCAGUUAGUCUCAAAGAUGCUACAAGAUCUCUCUACAUAUAUAGUCAGCUAUAAGUCAAAAAAUUAUGCCCAAAAAUUGACCCUAAAAUCCUGGGUCGGCUUGUAUAUGGGUCAGUACAGAAAUAUUCCCACAAUUUACUUACAAGCUAUGAUACAGUUGCCCAGUCCCAUUCCAAUUUAAGACAUACAUGGAAAAUAUUUUCUGGCAGGGACGAGAGGAUUGUGGGGGCCACACUCCAGCUAUGGCUGAAGACUACAAGGUUGGGCCAAAAUAAUGCAGGUUCAUAACACAUGGAAGGCUCUGGCUCAGAUGGCACUGCCUCCCAGAGAAGGGCAGGGAUGGGUGCAAAAGAAAGAAGGGGUUGAUACAGGAAAAGAGAGAUCCACCAGGGGAUUAACAGACUAAAUUCAGCAAGGACAGGGGAACAAGGGUGGUCAGAGGCAACAAGUGGCCCAUGGGCUGGAGUUUUUGCAAAGCUGAUAUUAGCAAUUGCUAUUUCUGACAUUCUUUCCCAUUUUCUUUGGGGGUUUUGUAGUACAAGAGUGUAGCCUCUUUAAUCAAGGUCCACCCUUAUUACAUAUGUACAGUACAUGUACACUGAUUUCUGGCCACUAAUGGAACAAUUUGAAAAAAUGCAGGGAUUUCCAAGAAGUGUUUCUCCAAAUAUUCCUAAUGGCAGCCGGUUCUAUAUUAAUAUUAACAUUAUUAAUAGUUCAAAUGCAAAUGGUAAAUCUGAAAUUCUUUCCUAUUGCUGCGGCUGGUCACAGCAUUUUCUUUGGGGCUUUAUGAGUAUACAGUAGUAUGAAAAAGUAGCAUCUUUAACCAAGAUCUGCUCUAUUCUUAUGUUUUAUAAUAUAAAAAUUACAUAUGUACAUGACAUUGAUUUCUGUACACUUACGGAACAAUUUGAAAAUCUGCCUGCAAAGCUGCCUCAGGAGAAAAUGUGAACCUUACUUAGCCUAUGGCCAUCUCAUCUGAUCCCAGCCUGUGCCUCACACCUUAAGAAGGAGAAGUAUCAUGAAAAAAGAAACAGCAUGAGGAGGAAGGAGUUAGGAGAACUUGAUUUAUUUUCUUUGGAAUCCCAUUUUAAAGAUCAAUUUUGAAAAUAAAAGACCAUUGCAAAUA